GCUUCCGGUUCUUCAUAAAACUGUAACCCUCCACAUAUUCACUCUGUUGGCCGUGACUACUAUCGCAAUGGGUCAGGCGGAGGGGAAAGCGGAGGGGAGAGUGAGAUGCAUUGGAUAUACAGUGCAGGUCGCAUCGUAACUUACCCCCCGGUCGUUUCUGCGCACGAUGAGGGCUGGGGAAAUUUAUGCUGGUGCGGUACAUGUCUUUGUGGGCUUGGUGGGAGAUGGGAGAUGGGUAGCGUGGUGAUUGGGAUUGUGAUGAUGGGUUUAUGCGUGCGUGUGUGUGGUGGAGUAGAGUGGCAGUUCCGCGUCGCUGUGGAUGUGGGUGUGGGUGUGGACGGAUGUGUGUGUGAUGUGAUAUCGUGUGCUUCGUCUGGCAUCACAACAACAAACCCACACCAUCUAUCUAUUGACCACAAUCCACCAUCCGCACCCCUCCGAGCGCAAUUCACACCACCUUUCCCCACCUAGCAAUUCCAGCUCGCAUACAACUCCCUCCCAUCGACACCAUCGAAUGACGGUACGACCUCAGGCAACGCACAAGUGCGUAUCAUAUCAUGGCAUAUGGCACACAUUCCUGACAAGUGGGUGCACUGGACAGGCCAGGUAGUUAGGCAGGUAUUAG